CUUGUAAAAGAGAAAGUAACGCAAAAUACGAAAGAAACCCAAGCAAGCAAGAAGUGAGCAGCACCAGUCUCACUGCAACUAGCGGCUCCUUCCCUAUUGUCUGCGCCGCCAGCAUCCAACUCCACCCUCCUUCUGUCCUUCCUCCGGCAAUUAUUGUACACGAAUAUGGAGUCCUUAGCUGUUUUCAACUCCUCACUCUCACUCUACUCUCCCUCGCAUGACCACUUGAUCCCAAAGAACCUUGGACCCUUCCGUACGACAUCAUUGCAAUCUCACAUACCGAUGCCCAAGAUGGAGGUCCGAUGUGCUGCCCAGGCCCAAUCCACUGAAACCAAGUCCAAGGAGGCCAAGCUCUGGGGCGGCCGCUUCGAGGAGAGCGUGACUGAUGCUGUCGAACGAUUUACUGAGUCCAUCUCCUUCGACAAAGCCCUCUACAAGCAUGAUAUCAUGGGCAGCAAGGCUCACGCUUCCAUGCUAGCCAAACAGGGAUUGAUUACUGUUAAUGACCGGGAUAGCAUCCACAAGGGGCUGAGCGAGAUAGAAAGGCUAAUUGAAAGUGGCGAGUUUGAAUGGAGGACCGACAGAGAAGAUGUGCACAUGAACAUUGAGGCAGCGCUGACUGAUUUGAUCGGCGAACCGGCUAAGAAGCUCCACACGGCUCGGAGUCGAAACGAUCAGGUUUUGACAGAUUUUCGAUUGUGGAUCCGAGACGCGAUUGAUGCAAUUGGAGUGAAGAUUAAGUAUCUUCAAUUUUCGCUCGUCAAAUUGGCAAUGGAGAACGAGGGUGUGAUCGUUCCUGGUUACACGCAUUUGCAAAGGGCUCAACCUGUUCUCCUUCAGCAUUUGCUCUUGGCGUUUGUUGAGCAGCUUGAACGUGAUGCUGGCCGUUUACUAGAUUGUAGAGUGAGGUUGAAUUUCUGCCCCUUAGGUGCUUGUGCAUUGGCCGGCACUGGACUUCCGAUCGAUCGGUUUAUGACCUCUGAUGCUUUAGACUUUACUGCUCCUAUGAGGAACAGUAUUGAUGCAGUGUCAGACCGAGAUUUUGUCAUGGAGUUUCUUUCUGCUAAUGCCAUCACAGCCAUUCAUCUCUCCCGGCUUGGUGAAGAGUGGGUACUGUGGGCUUCAGAGGAGUUUGGAUUUGUCACGCCAAGUGACAAGGUUUCAACUGGAAGUAGUAUCAUGCCUCAGAAGAAAAAUCCAGAUCCCAUGGAACUUGUUCGUGGAAAGUCUGCUAGAGUAGUAGGAGACCUGGUUACGCUUCUCACAUUGUGCAAAGGACUCCCCCUUGCUUACAAUCGUGAUUUGCAGGAAGAUAAGGAACCUGUCUUUGACAGCGUGAAGACCAUAUUGGGGAUGCUUGAAGUAUCUGCAGAGUUUGCACAGAACAUUACCUUUAACAGGGAGAGAAUACAAAAGAGUUUACCUGCUGGUCACCUUGAUGCCACAACGCUUGCUGAUUAUCUCGUGAAAAAGGGAAUACCUUUCAGAACUUCUCAUGACAUAGUCGGAAGGGCAGUUGCCGUGUGCGUCUCAAAAAGUUGCCAGCUGCAGGAUUUGAGUGUCGAUGAGCUCAAAAGUAUUGAUCCAGUGUUUGACAAGGAUGUAUAUGAGUUUCUUGGAGUAGAGAAUUCAGUUAAGAAAUUCUCCUCGUAUGGCUCCACAGGGUCAGCAUGCGUCGCCAGUCAACUUGAUCAUUGGGUUACAAAACUUGAAAUCAACAAAGGGGUCUGACAAUCUAUGGUGCUAGAGAUAUGUAACGUGGAUCGCUGACAUCGAUUAGGAACACAUUCACCGGACGCUUUGAAGUAGUGCUUCGCUGAGGAACGAAUAGUCUUGAAUAGUUGGAGUUAGCGAGUAUGAAAGAUGCGAACUUCUCUCAGUAAUUUUCAUUGACCAACGAUGAACCAAAAGAUUAAGGAAUCUAACAGCCAAAAAAUAAUAAUGAUUACCUUGA